ACUUUGGUUUGCCUGAUUGUGCAACGGUGGGGUGCGGAGUGCAAGCGCGCGUGCCGUCGUCCCCUUCGCAACUCGCGGAGCCAGGCCCCGCCUCCUGGAGAUUCCCGAAUGGCGACCACCACACGGCCCGACACGAGAGGCGAAGACCUCGACGAGCUCGACCUCUACACCAUUCCCAUCCACUCCAGCUGGUUCUCCUGGGACGACAUCCACGACACGGAGAGGGUCGCCCUCCGGGAGUUCUUCGACGGGAGCUCCAUCUCGAGGACCCCCAAGAUAUACAAGGACUACAGGGACUUCAUCAUCAACCGGUACAGGGAGGACGCUUCGAGGCGGCUCACCUUCACUGAGGUCCGGAAGGCCCUCGUCGGCGACGUCAGCCUGCUCCACAAGGUCUUUCUCUUCCUCGAGAAGUGGGGGCUCAUCAAUUUCGCUGCGCCCCCGGGCCGCGGGGCUGGAGGAGUCGGUGAGGGGGAUGACGACGACGGUGGUGGUGCAAGGCGCAGCAGAGUGGCGGUCGAGGAUGGGGCGCCAGUCGGGGUCCGGGUCGUGGCGGUACCGAAUUCAGGGAGGCCAAUGACUUUACCUACUCCGGCUGUUGGCAAGCAUGAUGGCAGGAAGGGGUCGACCGCAGGUCAGUUUAGGUUGCCUUCUCUGGCUUCGUAUUCCGACGUUUUUGCCGGAUUGAUGAAGCAGAAGGGGUUGGUUUGUGGAAGUUGUCGCGGAACUUGUGAUGAGUCUGGAUGCUAUGAAUAUACAAAGUCGUUUCCUUUUCUCUCUGAGCUUUGGUCCUUACAGCAACAACAGGCACAGGGUGAGUUUAACAUUUGUGCAAACUGCUACAACAAUGGAAAUUGUGGAGAGAACAAGUCAUUAGAUGAUUUUGAGUUCAAGGAAGGCAAGGGGAACUCCGCAAGUCAUGCAGCUACCUGGACCGAAGCAGAAACUCAACUCCUUCUGGAAUCCAUUUUAAAGCAUGGGGAUGACUGGGAUUUAGUGGCGCAAGAUGUGAAGACAAAGACUAAGCUUGAUUGCAUUUUGAAGCUCAUAGAGUUACCUUUUGGGGAGUUCAUGUUAGGAUAUACCAACAGGAAUGGUAGAGAUUGUAAUGUUGACGGAAAUGCUAACAAUGUAUCUCAAGUUCAGUCAGCUACUUCUGAAUUACCACCUGAAACCAAAACUAUGGAACAAGCUAAUGACCAAACAGAAGAGAUUGAGCCGAACCAGAUUAACGAUGUUCUCAAUGAGGGUCCUCCUCUUAAAAAGAAGCGUGUUGCUUCCCUCUCCGAUGGUGGUAGUUCUCUCAUGAAACAGGUGUCUCUGAUGUCGGCUCUGGUUAGCCCAAAUAUCGCUUCUGCUGCUACUGAAUCUGCUGUUUCAGCAAUUUGCAAUGAAACGUUUUGUCCAAGGGAGAUUUUUUAUGGUUCCAACAGUCAUGUAAGCAAUGGUUCAUCUGUUCCUGCGAUGAACCACCUAGGAAGGGACAUUGAAAAUGGAGAAACCGAGAUGAAGGAUGAGGUCCCCCCAUCUGAUGCCCAGGGGCCACUCCCAACCGAAGGUCACAUGCCUUUGCAAGUAAGAGCUGCAACUGCGACAGCUCUUGGAGUAGCUGCUGCUCGUGCCAAAUUGUUGGCAGACCAGGAAGAUAGAGAAAUUGAACAUUUAGUUGCCUCAAUGAUUGAAACACAGAUGAAGAAAGUGCAUGACAAGAUCAAGUAUUUCGAACAUCUUGAACAUAUAAUGGAGAAAGAGUACGCCGAAAUGGAUGACCUUAAAGGGCUGGUCGUGUCGGAGCGGAUUAACAUUCUACAGAAGGCAUUGAGUGCCGGCAUAUCUAGGUGGAGAGAUCAGUUCUCCUUGAAACCACUGACUGGUAGCUGAUGGCUUUGCCGUGAGCAAUUUAAGCUGUGAUGGAAAUGCGUGGGCAGGCAAUUAUGAAACUUUUGUGUUCCAAAAUGAAUGGCAUUUCCUUUUUUAUAUGUACAUGGCCGUGGUUUUAAUCAUUGGAGGAGCGAUGCGCGUUGGUCAUCUUUCGAGUCAUUCUGUCUCGUGGCACUUUUAUACCUUUAUUCAAUUUAAUAUGUCCUGAUGCUAAAGUUUUGGAUGUUGAUCUUCUUUCAGCUG